UUACUUUAACCCCUCAAAUUAUGGUUAUUAUAAUUAACUUUUAAUUUUAAUUAAAAUUUAGAAGGAGAAAGAAAGAAUUUGUUGCUUCUCAUGGCCGUCUCUGGCGUCCUCUCUCACGUCUCCUUCUACAACUACAAGUUUUCCUGCUCGAGAUUCAGAACGCGAACUUUUGUUGCAAUGCAAGGAGAAGAUAGUGGUGGCGAUUCUAAGAUGAAAUUUCCACACGUCUUGACUGUCGCCGGCUCCGAUUCCGGUGCCGGCGCCGGAAUUCAAGCCGAUCUAAAAGCUUGCGCGGCACGUGGCGUUUAUUGUUCCACUGUGUUAACUGCAGUGACCGCUCAGAACACCGUUGGAGUUCAGGGUGUAAAUAUUGUGCCUGAAGAUUUUGUUGCAGCGCAGUUGAAGUCUGUUCUUUCUGAUAUGCAAGUCGACGUGGUUAAAACAGGUAUGCUGCCUUCAACUGACCUAGUCAAGGUUCUCCGUCAAAGUCUUAGAGAGUUCCCAGUUCGAGCUUUAGUUGUUGAUCCUGUCAUGGUAUCUACCAGUGGAGAUGUGCUUGCUGGCCCUUCCAUUGUCUCUGGGUUUCGAGAGGAUCUUCUUCCUAUGGCUGACAUAGUGACCCCAAAUGUAAAAGAGGCAUCUGCUUUACUUGGCAUGCAAGUCGCAACAGUUGCUGACAUGAGAUCUGCUGCAAAGUUAUUACAUAAUUUGGGCUCAAGAAAUGUGCUUGUCAAAGGUGGUGACCUUCAUGAUUCAUCAGAUGCCAUUGAUAUUUUCUUUGAUGGAAAGGACUUUUAUGAGUUGUGUUCAUCCCGUGUGAAUACACGUAAUACUCAUGGUACUGGUUGCAGUUUAGCCUCCUGUAUAGCAGCUGAACUAGCCAAAGGUUCUCCGAUGCUCUUAGCUGUUAAGGUGGCUAAACGCUACAUCGAAACUGCCUUGGUUUACAGCAAAGACCUUGUUAUUGGAAAUGGACCUCAAGGGCCCUUUGAUCAUCUUUUGAGGCUUAAGAGUACAUCUUGCAGGCGAGAAGCGUUUAAUCCUAGUGACUUAUUUUUGUAUGCUGUUACAGAUUCAAGGAUGAACAAAAGGUGGGGCCGUUCAAUAACAGAUGCUGUUAAAGCUGCCAUAGAAGGAGGUGCCACCAUUAUUCAAUUGAGAGAAAAAGAUGCUGACACAGGGGAUUUUCUGGAAGCAACCCGAGCAUGUUUAAAAAUUUGUUGUCCCCAUGGAGUACCUCUAGUGAUAAAUGACCGUAUUGAUAUUGCCCUUGCUAGUGAUGCUGAUGGUGUGCAUGUAGGUCAGUCUGACAUGCCUGCUCGUGUUGCCCGCACUCUACUUGGCCCUGAAAAGAUCAUCGGUGUAUCAUGCAAAACACCACAGCAAGCCCAACAAGCUUGGAUUGAUGGCGCCGAUUACAUUGGUUGUGGCGGAGUAUACCCAACUAAUACCAAAGCAAAUAAUCUCACCGUAGGUUUGGAUGGAUUAAAAACUGUCUGCUUGUCUUCCAAGUUACCCGUGGUUGCAAUUGGGGGCAUCGGUAUUUCAAAUGCAUCCGAUGUGAUGAGACUGGGUGUACCAAAUCUGAAAGGUGUUGCAGUUGUUUCAGCUCUUUUUGACAGGGAAUGUAUUAUCACAGAGACCAAGAAGUUACAUGCUGUGCUAACAGACACGAAAUGAAGUGUGGAACGGAGAACUACGAGGCUCCAGGUCAGAUUAUAUCCUCCGUUUCCGCUUGAAAAAUAUGCACUUGCAAUUUGGGAUAUUAUUAGCUCAGUUCAGAAAAUGAUUGAAGGUCUGUUCAAGAUAAUUAAUGAAUUUAUUGAAUGUGCUUUAGUAACACUUUCAAAGUUAAAUCAAUAUUUCUCAUUCUGUUCAAAAGUUAA